AGGUUAUCAGCCAAAUUUCCGGAGAAUGCGCUAAGCCACUUUACUACGGCUUUCGGUUGUUAGGAGGCAGUUUAAAAACGCUGUUUAUAAUAAAUCAGUUAACCGCUGCUGGACGAGUGUUACACCUGCGCCGGCAGUUAAAAGGUUUUUCUGACUUGAAGUGACAGAUUGUGUGAAGCCAUGGUUGAAUAUUACCAGAUUUUAGGAGUUCAGAAGAGUGCAUCUCCAGAUGACAUUAAGAAAGCGUACAGAAAACUAGCAUUAAAGUGGCAUCCAGAUAAAAAUCCAGACAAUAAGGAAGAGGCUGAGAAGAAAUUUAAAGAAAUUUCAGAGGCUUAUGAAGUACUCUCAGAUGCCAACAAGCGGAGUGUUUAUGAUCGGUACGGUAAAGAAGGCUUAUCAGGAAGUGGAGGAGGGGGACAUUACCAUAAUGGCGACCCGUUUGCAGGAUUUACAUUCCGAAAUCCAGAAGAUGUCUUCAGGGAGUUCUUUGGUGGUCAAGAUCCAUUUGCAGAUUUCUUUGGGGGAGAUCUGUUUGGUGAUGACUUUUUCUUUGGUGGUGCGCGGAGGCAGCAGCAGCGCGGCAUGAGCAGGAGCAGGACAGGCGGCUCAUUCUUUGGGGGGUUUGGGGGCUUCCCCUCUUUUGGAGCAGGAUUCUCUAGUUUUGACACAGGUUUUGGAUCUUUUGGGCAAUUGGGUCAGAUGGGACACAUGGGGCACAUGGGGCACAUGGGUCACAUGGGGCAUUUGGGAGGGGGGGGUUUCACAUCCUUCUCUUCCACCUCAUUUGGCGGAGCAAGCAGUGGAAUGGGAAACUUCCGCUCUGUGUCCACUUCCACCAAAUAUGUCAAUGGCAGGAAAAUCACUACAAAAAGAAUUGUAGAGAACGGGCAGGAACGGGUAGAGGUUGAGGAAGACGGACAAUUAAAAUCUCUAACCAUAAAUGGAAGGGCCCUUGACUUAGGUCUAGAGGAGGCACGAAAACUGGGCAAGGCACUCCCUGACCCCUCCUCCAACCCCUCUCAUUCUCGCUCUGCCCAGAGGGAACAGGAAAGUCAUACAACCGUUAAAGAGCAAUAUGGAGGCAAAAGGAAGAGACCCACUCUGAAAGGAGAGCCAAAAAAGCCUAAAGAAUCAUGAUAUGUUUCAGCAGUUUCACUAAAUCUGCCACAGUCACAGGUGUGAAUUAAUCUGAAUGGUGGCUAGGCAGAUUUUAUUUUAUUUUUUGUUUAAUGGCAUCAUUUGCAUUGUAGCUAAAGGGUGGCCUUUUUUUUUUUUUUUUUUUUUUUUUUUUUUUAAAACAUAAGUGGUGAAAUUUAGUGUAGAAAUAAUUUCUGUUUCACAAGCAAUCACUAAAAAAAGUAAAUGUUUCAUCACUGAAAAAGGCUUUAGAACUUCAGGCGCAUUAAUUGUUUUGAGCAUUUGUUAUUUUAGUUGUAAUCAUUCAGAAUGGAUUUCAUAACCAGUGAGCAUUUGCUACUACUGUUUUUUAUGAAUGACAUGGAUUUUGGUUUGGAUGCAUGACAUGAUUGGGACCAAUUCAUGAAUAAAUUCAUGAGUUGUGAUCCUUUCAGUUGAACUGAAAAAAUGUGAAUUAGGAAACGGCUGCAUUCUUGCAUUGAAAAAUGUUGACAUCCUAGUACUGGAAUUAAAAUGAAAUCAUAGAUAAAACUGAUUUCCAUGUAAUACUAAUUUUAUGAGCUUUUUCCAGUUUACCUGUAUUGUAAGUAAGAGUAUGUAAAACUAUCUAAACACUGCUCACAAUUCAUUAAAGAUGAAUUGAAAUUGCA